UCGGUGCGGGAAUUCGAGAGGCCGAGGCGGCGGGGACUUGGACCCGGUUGAGAGUCGGGGGGAGGGAAGAGGCGGAGGGAGGGGGAAGCAGGGGAGGGGCAAGUGACGCGAGGGAGCGGGGCGUGGGGGAGGGCAGUGAUCCGGGUGGAGGAAAUUUGGGAGGAGUGUCCGGGGGGCAGCAACUUAAAAGGGGGAGGGAACUGCGGCUAAGGAGACGUUCGGUGAUGGGAGCGCGAUGUGUGCAUCAGGUUUAAAAGAGCAGGAAGCUGAGUGAGAGGUUGGGGAAAAAGUGUCUUCGCUAGGCGGAGGUUACAGGUGGUGUCUCGGAAAGAGCUCCGAGGCUGCAGGCAGUAGUGGAGAAGAGGAUCAGAGAACUGUGUGGAAGGGACAGCUUAAGGGCUAGCGUCCUGGGGCGAGGGGGAAGUUCGAGACUUUCUGAGGACUGGUAGGAAUGUGCCUCCUGGCCCUCGGUGCUUCCCCCCUGGGGGGAGGCAUCGCGAGGUACGGUGGCAGGCUCCUCUGAACGCUGAGCGCCGGAGGUCCAACUCCACGUAUGGAUCCAGGGAAUGAGAAUUCAGCCACAGAGGCUGCCGCGAUCGUAGACCUCGAUCCCGACUUCGAACCCCAGAGCCGUCCCCGCUCCUGCACCUGGCCCCUUCCCCGACCAGAGCUCGCUCCCGAGCCAUCCGAGUCGCCCGAGGUGGAGUCAGGUCUGGGAGAGAAGGUACACACGGAGGGGCGCUCGGAGGGGCGCUCCGAGCCGACCCUGUUGCCCUCCCGGCUCCCAGACCCGGCAGGGGGCCCCCAGCCCGGGAUCCUGGGGGCUGUAACAGGUCCUCGGAAGGGAGGCUCCCGCCGGAAUGCCUGGGGAAAUCAGUCAUAUGCAGAACUCAUCAGCCAGGCCAUUGAAAGCGCCCCCGAGAAGCGACUGACACUCGCCCAGAUCUAUGAGUGGAUGGUCCGCACUGUGCCCUACUUCAAGGACAAGGGUGACAGCAACAGCUCCGCAGGAUGGAAGAACUCAAUCCGCCACAACCUGUCGCUGCACAGCAAGUUCAUCAAGGUUCACAACGAGGCGACUGGCAAGAGUUCGUGGUGGAUGCUGAACCCCGAGGGAGGCAAGAGCGGCAAGGCGCCCCGCCGCCGGGCAGCCUCCAUGGAUAGCAGCAGCAAGCUGCUCCGAGGCCGCAGCAAGGCCCCCAAGAAGAAACCCGCUGUGCUGCCAGCUCCACCGGAAAGCGCCACUCCGAGGAGCCCCACUGGCCACUUCGCCAAGUGGUCGGGCAGCCCCGGCUCUCGCAACCGUGAGGAAGCUGAUGUGUGGAGCACCUUCCGUCCGCGGAGCAGUUCCAAUGCCAGCACUGUCAGCACUCGGCCCUCCCCCAGGAGACCAGAGCCUGAGGUGCUGGCAGAAGAAGAAAUACCAGCCUCAGCCAGCGGCUAUGCAGGGGGUGUUCCACCCACCCUGAAAGAAGAUCUCGAGCUGUUAGAUGGGCUCAAUCUCACAUCUCCCCAUUCCCUGCUAUCUCGGAGCAGCCUCUCCGGCUUCUCUUUGCAGCAUCCUGGGGUUUCGGGCCCGUUACACACCUACAGCACCUCCCUCUUCAGCCCAGCAGAGGGGUCCCUGUCAGCAGGAGAAGGGUGCUUCUCAAGCUCCCAGUCUCUCGAGGCCCUGCUCACCUCUGAUACGCCACCACCCCCUGCUGACGUCCUCAUGACCCAGGUAGAUCCCAUUCUGUCCCAGGCUCCGACACUUCUGUUGCUGGGGGGGAUGCCUUCCUCCAGUAAGCUAGCCCCGGGGGUCGGCUUAUGCCCUAAGCCCCCAGAGGCUCCAGGCCCCAGCAGUCUGGUUCCCAGCCUCUCGAUGAUAGCACCGCCUCCAGUCAUGGCCGGCGCUCCAGUCCCCAAGCCCCUGGGGGCUCCUGUGCUCACCCCUCCAACUGAAGCUGUAAGCCAAGACCGAAUGCCUCAGGAUCUCGAUCUUGAUAUGUAUAUGGAGAACCUGGAGUGUGACAUGGAUAACAUCAUCAGUGACCUCAUGGACGGGGACGAAGGACUGGACUUCAACUUUGAGCCAGAUCCCUGAGCCAUGGCCAGAAGCUUUGUUCCCUGCAUCAGAGGUGGAGCCAGGCGUGCCCAUAUUCACUCUUUACCCUUGACCCCUCCCCGGGAAUUUGGGACCCUGCUUUAGGGCUAGGGUAGGGUCUGCUCACAGGGGUGUUGAGGAAAUCAUAAAGCUGCCCCAUAUGGGAACUCUAGGGGGUGGGGAGGGGGAGAGGGAGAGGGUUUAUUCUCACUGUGCCAAUUAGGGGGUAAGGCCCCCCUCUCAGGAGCCAGCCCCGGCUCCCCCCAUCCCCACCCUCUAGGUCUUGCAGCAGGGGCAGGCAAUGCUGUUGGAAAUGCGAAGUCACCAGUGGCCUUACCCCUGCCUUUGGGAGCAGGAUUUUUUGUAGAGUCUUAUCUGAGCUGGUCCAGGCUGAGUCCAGCCUGGGAUUUUUAUGCCGUGGCCCCUUCGGCCAGCGGUGUGGGGUUGGGAGGGGGUUAGUGGGGACCUAGAAGGGCCAAGGUCUGAGCACUGGAGUAGCUCACCAGGCCAAAUCCCCCUUGGAAGGCUGCAGAUAACAGAAAGGCUUUUUAUAAACUUUUAAAGAAAUAUAAACACAAAUCUAGAGAUUUUUAACAGUGGCAAGGUGCUAGUGAUGGGGAGAAUGCUUUUUUUCUUUCUGAAGGCUUUGUCAUAGUGACAUGAUGUAAACACUACAGACAUUACUACGGGAAACAGAGGGGAAGUGACAGAGAACUCCAGGCCAGCAGGGUGCAGGGAGCAAGUGUGGACUGGAUCUAGAACAAGGUCUGUGCAGCACUAGCUUGGCGGUACCCUGAGGAAAAGCUAAGCCAGGGCCUCUCGUUCUGUCACCUUGUGCCUGGGAGUGUGUGGCAUUGGGGUGCAGCCACCCUCUCACGUGACCCCCUGUGGCUUAGUGCUCCAGUGGGAGAGUGCGUUGAAGGCCUGGAAUUAGUUUGUGGCCUGGGAAGGGGGUGGGAGGAGGGAGAAGAGGAGGGAAGGAUUUAGGGUGGUAAAGUUAGGCACAGAGACCUCCCUGUUCAAGGCCCCAGGCAGCUGUCCCUGCCCUUCUUCCCCUUGCCUGACUGCAGGGGUUAUGUGGAAGUGUGUGUGGUAGCAGGCAGGGGGAGGGGCGGAACAGGGAAGGGGGAGCUGGGGAGCUUGGCUGAGGGUCUGGGAAAUGAGCAGGGAUGGAGGGGAAUGUGGAUCAGGUUUACUAGCACCUGCUAGGGAGGCCAUCUGGGGCUCCUUCUCCACCCCAACCCCCAAAGCAGCCCCUCCCCCAGUCCCCUUUGCCUUGUCCCCUUCCCCCGCCCCUGCUGUGGGUUCCCAUCACUUCCUGUGUCAGCGCCUGGCCUACCCAGAUUGUAUCAUGUGCUAGAUUGGAGUGGGGAAGUGUGUCAAAUCAAUAAAUGAAUAAAUUCAAUAAAUAAAUGCCUAUAACCAGC